UGGAGCAGUGACAGGGGGUCCUGGCCACCACACAUGGGGGCUGGCACAGCUGCCAGCCGCCAGUGCCCUGAGAAUCCCCCUGGUUUUGUUUUCCACGCCACGAUAUACCGAAUCUGGAGCAUGUCCACAUCUCAGCCCCACACCCAGGAAGUCCCAGGGCAGCGUCAGCAUUACUAAGUGCUUACAAAACCCAAUGAGCCCCUUGGGACGGGCAGACACAGGCAGAAGGUGUGGCACGGCAGGCAGGGGAAACCUGUAGAUCGUGUCUGGAAGAAAUAAAUCUUGUGACACUCCAGCUGGUUACCCACGGGAAGCACAGGGACAGCCAUCCCCAACUGAGCAGCACUGAGUGUCACCCUCCGGUUUGACUGCUCUGCACCCCCCUGAAUGUGUUUUGCCCCUGGCCAAGGCUUCCCCAGCCAGCCCUGCCACCACUGCACUGUGGGACAUGGCUGCCUGGAGAGUAGCCAUCAUCGGUGCUGGUGCCUCUGGCCUGUGUGCCCUGAAAUGCUGCCUGGAUGAGGGCCUGGAACCCAUCUGCUUCGAGAGGAGCGGGGACAUCGGGGGACUCUGGCGCUUCGAGGACUGCCCCGAGGAGGGCCGUGCUAGCAUCUACCGCUCUGUCAUCAUCAACACCUCCAAGGAGAUGAUGUGCUUCAGCGACUUCCCCAUCCCCGAGGACUUCCCCAACUACAUGCACAACUCCAAGAUCAUGGAGUACUUCCGCAUGUACGCUCGGCACUUCGACCUGCUCCGCCACAUCCGCUUCGGGACCAGUGUGUGCUGCGUGUCCAAGCGCCCUGACUUUGCUGCCACGGGCCAGUGGGAGGUGGUGACAGAGAGUGAGGGGAAGCAGGAGGCAGCCAUCUUCGACGCCGUGCUGGUGUGCAGCGGGCACCACACCAACGCACACCUCCCGCUGAACACCUUCCCAGGGCUAGAAAAUUUUGAGGGCUGGUACCUGCACAGCCGGGACUACAAGAGCCCACAGCACUUUUUGGGGAAGCAGGUGGUCGUGGUUGGCACCGGGAAUUCAGGCGUCGACAUUGCGGUGGAGCUGAGCCACACAGCCAAGCAGGUGUGCUGGGAGAGCUGCCAUGUCUUCCUCAGCACCAAGCGUGGGACCUGGGUGCUGCACCGGCUGGCAGAUGGUGGGUACCCCUUUGACUUCACAUACAUCAGCCGCUUCACGCAAAUCCUCCGCAGCCUACUGCCUCAAAGCACCACCAAUUUUUACCUGGAGAGGAAGCUGAACGCCCGCUUCAACCAUGCGCUCUACAGCCUGCAGCCCCGGCACCAGAUCCUUGACCAGCACCCAACCAUCAACGACGACCUGCCCAAUCGCAUCAUUUCAGGCAGGGUGAUAGUGAAGCCGAACAUCCAGGAGUUCACGGAGACAUCUGCCAUCUUUGAGGACGGCACCAGGGAAGACAUCGAUGCUGUGGUCUUCGCCACAGGAUACAGCUUCUCCUUCCCCUUUCUUGAAAAAUAUGUGAAGGUGGUGGAGAACCAGAUCUCCCUCUACAAAUUCAUGUUCCUUCCUGACCUGGAGAAGCCUACACUGGCUUUCAUUGGCCUCAUUCAGCCCCUGGGUGCCAUCAUGCCCAUCUCUGAGCUCCAGUGUCGCUGGGCCACUCGCAUCUUCAAGGGGCUGCAGGACCUGCCGCCAUCCACUGUCAUGCUGGCUGACAUUGCACAAACCAAGGAGAAAAUGGCGGAGAGGUACGUGAAGAGCCAGCGGCACACCAUCCAGGUGGAUUACAUCCCCUACAUGGAUGAGCUCGCCUGCCAGGUGGGGGUCAAGCCCAACCUGCUCACCCUCUUCCUCACUGACCCCAAGCUGGCACUGGAGGUGGCCUUUGGGCCCUGCACGCCGUACCAGUACCGCCUGCAGGGCCCAGGCAAGUGGGCGGGCGCCAGGGAGGCCAUCCUCACCCAGCAGCAGCGUAUCAUCAAGCCCCUACAGACACGGCGUGUGGAGAAGCAAGCACUGGCCCCUGCUGUGCCCCUCAUCUUCAAGCUGGUUGGGGCUGUGGCCAUCUUCGCUGUCAUUUUUGCUUACUUGUAGGUGCCUUACAAGUGUGGGAAGGGAGGCUUUGUGAUGUGCUGGGGGGGCUGACUGGCCAUCCCCUGCCCUGAGGCAGCCUGUGCAUCCCAGUACUGGCAGGAGCCCUCCUCCUGCCCAGUAUGGCCCCACUGUGGCCACACUGCCAGCUCAGGGUGAACAGAGCCUCCCUGGCUGCUGAAAUAAUGCUUCAGCACCUCUUUGCACCUCCUCCUGGAGAGCAGCUGCCAGGGACAGGCAACGAAACCUGCUCACAUGCAGGAUAAAAUCCAGACCCCCUUUGGCAGCGCUUUUGACCUAGCAGGGACAAUACCAGCUUUCCUGUUGCCUAUAACCUGUCUGAGCCACCACUGGCACACUCACAUGAGAGCCAAGUAGCAAGGGCACAGCAGACUUCCUAACUAUAAAAGUGUGUUAAACAGAACCAGGUGUCCGUCCCAUCACUGACGCCAUGUCCCACUGCGUGCCAGGGACACACACACAGGUUUGAGGUCAGCCUCGUGCCAGCAGUGCAGCUCCAGCUCUGCGACAGCACAGGCUACAUGCACACACACACGUGCACAUGUGUAUAUCCAUAGCAAAAGAGCCUCGCCCAGGGUGUCUGCCACCAGCAUAGAUCACAGUAGCCACAGCGGCAUGGCUCAGUGCCACCCUCAUCACCUGCACGCAGCCGCUCUGGAGGAUGGCUGGGUGGGUUGGGGACCUGGAGCAGUGACAGGGGGUCCUGGCCACCACACAUGGGGGCUGGCACAGCUGCCAGCCGCCAGUGCCCUGAGAAUCCCCCUGGUUUUGUUUUCCACGCCACGAUAUACCGAAUCUGGAGCAUGUCCACA